UCUUUUGACGUUUCGGACUGCGUGGAUGUUGCAGAAAUUGUUUUGUUUUCUUGCAAUAAUUUAAUAUAAUUUAUAACAAAAUGCGUCCGUUGAUGCUACAGGGCCAUGAGCGUUCUAUAACGCAAAUCAAAUACAAUCGUGAGGGUGACUUGCUCUUCUCCAGCUCCAAGGAUCAAAAACCAAAUGUUUGGUACUCGCUCAAUGGUGAACGUCUGGGCACCUAUGAUGGACAUCAGGGUGCAGUGUGGUGUUUGGACGUGGACUGGGAGACGAGAAAGCUCAUCACUGGCGCUGGUGACAUGACAACCAAGCUCUGGGAUGUCGAGCAUGGCACUGUAAUUGCAUCGAUACCCACUAAAUCAUCCGUGCGUACGUGUAGCUUUAGCUUUUCUGGCAACCAAGCGGCUUAUUCCACGGAUAAGGCUAUGGGUCAGAAUUCUGAGCUGUUCAUUAUUGAUGUUCGUAAUGCUGAUGCCAGUCUAUCUGAACAAGCGCCAACGCUGCGCAUUCCCAUGAUCGAGUCAAAGAUUACAUCUAUGCUGUGGGGACCAUUGGAUGAAACUAUUAUAACAGGACAUGACAAUGGUAAUAUUGCUAUCUGGGAUAUCCGCAAGGGACAGAAGGUGGUUGAUUCUGGUAGUGACCACACCGCUGGAAUUAACGACAUGCAGAUGAGCAAGGAUGGCACCAUGUUCGUAACCGCCUCAAAAGAUACCACAGCUAAGUUGUUCGAUUCAGAGUCUCUGAUGUGCCUGAAGGCCUACAAAACUGAAAGACCUGUAAAUUCGGCAGCCAUCAGUCCUAUUUUGGAUCAUGUGGUGCUUGGCGGUGGCCAGGACGCCAUGGAGGUGACCACAACGUCGACGAAGGCUGGUAAAUUUGACUCGCGAUUCUUCCAUCUGAUCUACGAAGAGGAGUUUGCGCGUCUCAAAGGCCAUUUCGGUCCCAUCAACAGUUUGGCUUUCCAUCCGGAUGGCAAGAGUUACGCUUCUGGCGGUGAAGAUGGUUUCGUGCGUGUUCAAACCUUUGAUAGUACAUACUUUGAGAACAUCUUUGAGUAGUCGCACCUUUAGUUUUAUAGUUUCCAACGAUUUCGUCAACUCGAAAUGUUUGUGUCCAUAGAGAAUAAUCAAAUAUACGCGAGAACGAAACGAAUAUUA